UUACCCCGAAACACAAGUAAAUCGACCGUUCUUCAACUUUUCAUACUUCUCCGUCCAGUCACCUUUCUGUAAACUAUGAAAAUGCGACAUCAACUACUUGAAAUAUCCCGAGAAAGUCCAUUCUAUGAAGCAACAUUCGCCUCAAGGUCCAAGUAAAUCCGUCAUUCUUCGAUUCUUUAUAUUUUUCCAUCAAGCGAGAACCAACCCCAAUUAAUAUAAAAUUCCAUUUGAUUUCAUCAAGCCUGACCAAUGCAAAGUUUCCAUAUGACCAACCCUGGCCAACAUAAAUUUUCAAUUUAACCAGCCCUGGUCACGCAAAAUUCUCAACGGACCAACCCUAAUUUCUCUUUCGAUCGCUAUGGAUCUCUCCGGUCAGAAAUUGACGCAACAAAUCUUAUCCCAUCCAUUUCUUCUAUCGCUGUUGAUUUCUUCUGCCGAUCUCUGAAUCGGUUGGCUGUCGAUCGAUCGCACGACUCUCUUUUCCCGCGUUGCCAAACAGAAAUGUCUCUCCCCACCCAUUAUUAUGUGAAAAUCAAGCGGAACGCGUGCGUGUGCGCGCGCGGAUAUUUCACGUACACCGGCGUGUCCGCUUGUUUAGCUGUUCUAAGUGGGCGCCCGUAUUGUUCCACGACUAUAUAAGGUGUACCACGGACCGUUCAACCAGCAGAAAAGCAUCAGGUCGUGGAUCAUGGCUAACAUGAGGCUCCUCCUUCCUUUCUCGUGUCUCGUCCUCUCGGCGUCCGCCAUUCCAGGCUACACAGCCUACGGGACAGCGUACCACGGUCCUCCAGCACCCCUGGCUCACGACGGAAGGGUGGUCGACACACCGGAAGUGGCUCACGCCAAGGCAGCUCACCUAGCAGCUCACGCAGCCGAAGCUGCCAAAGCUGCUCCACUCGGCUACGGCGAUUAUUCUGAUGGAAAAUACGAAGACUACAGCGGCAACUACGUAGCCGCGGCUCAGAACAUCUACCACGGCCCACCCGCACCCUUGUCUCACGACGGAAGAGUAAUCGACACACCGGAAGUGGCUCACGCCAAGGCUGCGCAUUUGGCGGCUCACGCUGAACAAAUUUCGAAGAUCGCUCACCUCGCUUACGCUGACCCUUAUCCGCAGCCACAUUGUUGUGAAUUAAUUGGUAUUAUAAUCUGGGUUUUACUUUACACUCUGUUGUCGGUGUGCAUUUUUGGAAGUUUUGUUGAUGGAAUUGUUUAUAAUAGUCCAAUUUUUUCGCUGGAUCGACCUGCGCUGAGCUUCGACAACAUGUUCCGAUAUAUUAUUCUGGUUUCUAUUAUUUUGAACGUGGCCUACUGUGAACCACAGUGGUACGGAGGAGGAGCCUAUGGUGGCCACGCGGCUCCAGCCCCGUUAGGAGCAGAUGGACGAGUUGUAGAUACUCCAGAAGUUGCUCAAUUGAAAGCAGCUCAUUUAGCUGCUUUGGCUGAUGCAAAUGCUAGGGCACCCAAGGGACCUGGUGUUGCUGGUCCUUACCCCGGCCCUGCUGGUUCCUACGCACCUGGAGGCUACGCUCCGCAUUACAGUGGACCACCAGCCCCUCUCGGACCAGACGGCCGCGUGGUAGACACACCGGAAGUGCAGCAAGCAAAGGCAGUCCACUUCUCCUUAUACAAUGCGGAGGCUCAAAAAGCUCCAGCCGGUCCAGCUGCUCCUAAUCCGUCAUGGAACCCUGCGGGUGCUCCAUGGAAUCCCUCCUGGAAUUCUGGGAACAAUUGGAAUCACUAUUAAACUGGCGUUGAUCGCCGCAGAAGAAGAAUCAAGCUGACAGAAAAUAUUCACAUUCGUCCACUGUUAUCGAUGAUUCAAAAGAAUUUUUAAAAAUCCUCUUGAGUCAUCGAAUUUCAACUACCUCCGAUAAGUUUUUACUUCGUGAAUCAACGAAAUAUUUCUCUCGGAAUUUUUCUCUAACGUCUUCCGUAUCUUUAAGCUUUCUUCCUUCCAGCUCUCUCCAUUUUCUGUGAUUCUGUGUUUCAUCUACCUCUUGAUUGUCUUGAUUGUUUUUCGCUCGGAUCUCAACGAAUUUGAAUAUCGUUACGGAUUAGAAAUUAUCGACUCAUCAGAUCAUAUUGCAGAGACGAUAAGUUUGCCUAAUAGAAUUUCAUACAAGUUUCGUACGCUUUUAAUACAAUUAAAUGCAAGUUAAAAAUUGUUGUCGAACUUUGAAAAAUGAUGUAUGCAAAUGUGCACGGAAAGCGAAAUCGACACGUGUGUUUAUCGUCGAAUGGAAAUGAAAUAACGGUGGUCUGUACCGUUACAGAUAUUAUCGAGAUAAAAAUGUCCUCUUGUCACAUUCCUCUUCAAGGUGAUCUCUUCAUCGCUUUCGCACUCGUUAGUCAAGGAAAGUUUGCGUUUGCGUGAGAAUUAACCUUUGCACAUGAACUAUUCGUAGAUAUUAUUCAAUGCUAUCGUGUUUUCCUUUCAUUUUUUUUUUUUAUAAUUACAGCGAUACAUAUACAUUUGUAAAUUAUCGUGCGUGUACAUAACGGAGAAACGAUUGUAACAUGAAUGAAACGAAUAAAAUGCAGCGAAAUAUUUUGCUGAAACAAGCAAGAUUGAAAAAUCGCUCUUCUUAAUUGCAAGAAAAUUUUAAUUGCGUUUUAAAAUGCUUAUGUUUUUUAAUUGUGUUUGACUUUCUGGUAUAUCAAUCGAUUUCUCGAAUAUCUUGCAGGGUGAAAUUAAUUGAACUAGCUGUGACUAUAAAUUAUAAAAACAAUUAUUAAGUUAUAAGAGAGUUAUCGAUUUAUGCAAACGAUCAUUCAAUAAUGAAACGGUUAUGAAAUUAUAAAACAGCGAUCAAAUUAUUAAAACGACGAUUAAAGAUUAAAAUAAGAGUAAUGUCAGAGAAAUUGAAAUUAUCAUUCAAGGAUUGAAACGUAAUAUUUCAUUCUUUUAAGAGAAAAAGAUAUUUACAAAAUGCAGUGGUAUGUUAUUGGGCAAUGGUUAGCCAUAAAAUUGUUCAUAAAAUAGUCAAACGAUGGUAGACGGUUAAGAACUGUUUAAAAGUUGUAUGACACUGACAUAAUCGAAUAUAUAAUCAGAGAACAGGCACGUGUGGUCGACUAACAUGCCCGUGACACGAAUCAGAUUGAUUCGUGCUCGGCUAAGAACACAAGGCAGUGAAAACGAGUUGGAGUUUGAGCGACUACACGCAAAUCUGACUGCACAGUGAAGUCCAACACGUGUACACGGGCGUGAAAAGGACGCAGUGUCGAUUAGUUUAUUCAGGACACUAAAGGCAAACUUAUGGGCGGUGCAACCAGGAUGCAAAGCGAUUUACUAGUUUUUAG